GCUUCGUUUUGACAGCGCGAAGAAGACGACAAUACCUCUUCCUGUGUAAUUUAAUUUUGUACCCUGGUGGACUUUGGGCGAACUUCAAUUGUGAAGUCUGAAGUAUAAUGUGGUGAAGUGUUUUGGAUCUUUUAACAUGGCGUUGUCAACAAUCAAAUAAUGAAAUGCCAAAAAACCAAAGUUUAUUAAAACAAAUUGUAGUUUCUUAUUUCAGUUUCUUUAAAAAUAAGUUGUUAAAGUUACAGUUAUUUUUGUUUCAGUUAUCUAAAGUACAAAGAAAAAUGAACGGUUUUAGUUUUAGUGAGUUUUGUUGCCUAUUUUGUUGUCCACCUUGCCCUAGCAGAAUAGCUGCAAAAUUAGCAUUUAUUCCACCAGAACCAACUUACGAAUUUGUUUCUGAUGAUAAUGGAAAAUGCACAUUUGCCCUUACUGAACGGGCGGAAUGGCAGUUUACAGAGAGAGAAAAAGAAUUUAUUGAUGCAUUUUAUACAAGAACUAUCAGAGGCAAUAGGAUAGCAUGUUUAUUUAUAAGAUGCUGUAACACAGCUAGAUUUACAAUUCUUUUUUCACAUGCUAAUGCUGUAGAUCUGGGUCAAAUGAGUAGUUUUUACUGGGGAUUAGGAACUCAAAUGAAAUGCAACAUAUUUAGCUAUGAUUAUUCUGGAUAUGGAGUGAGUGGUGGUAAACCAUCUGAGAAAAAUCUGUAUGCUGACAUUGAUGCAGCUUGGCAAGCUUUAAGGACAAGAUAUGGUAUUAGUCCUGAAAAUAUUAUUUUGUAUGGCCAAAGUAUUGGUACUGUACCUACUGUUGAUCUAGCAGCUCGCUAUGAAGUAGGGGCUGUGAUAUUACAUUCUCCACUUAUUUCUGGGAUGAAAGUAGCUUUUCCCAACACUAAAAGGACUUGGUUCUUUGAUGCUUUCCCUAGCAUUGACAAAGUACCAAAAGUGAUGUCUCCAACUUUAAUUAUACAUGGAACACAAGAUGAAGUAAUUGAUUUUUCACAUGGACUGACCAUUUUUGAAAAGUGUCCCAAGGCUGUAGAACCACUCUGGGUAGAGGGCGCUGGACAUAAUGAUGUGGAGCUAUUUCCUGUUUAUUUAGAAAGGCUGAAGCAAUUUAUCACAGUGGAACUGGACAACUGACAGCUGGUAAAUAUCGAGGAGUGUACAUUUAGUUCACGAACAUCAAGUUUGGUUGGCGAGAAACUUCUAUAGCGGACGGCAGCAGGAGCGAUAGAAAAACUGCCAGACAAAUUCCAGAUAAAAUCGCUGUCCUGCCAAAAUGCCGUCUUAAAAUGUGUAUUUCCUUUCAUAACGUUACUAUAGCAACGUGAUCACUAAAUUUCCAUUAAACCUUGAUAACUAAAGGAUUUCAUAUAUACUUGUAGGAUUACGGUAUGUAAAUAAUGAACUACAAAAUGAAAAUUAGUGAAAUGGUCCUUUGGUUAUAGUUAUUACAUGUUGGGGAGUUCCUCGCGGUUUGCUUCUGAAUUCUCUUUUGCCUUUAAUUUUUUUUUAGUUUUUAAUAUUAUACGCCAUUAUUUAAAGUUUUGUAAAUCAUGUGUUAAAUAAGUUAGCUCUAAACCUGAAAGUUAGAGUAAGACAAUCUAAAAUAAUUAUUACCUAGACCAUUGUGUCUUAUAAAGAUUUAAUAAAUAAAAUUGUAAUGGAAAUGUCAAAUCUUGUUACCUGCAACUAAAACUAUACCUUAUCAUAGUAAACUUAUUGUGAAUCUUUGUAUUGGUUAUGAAUGAUUCUUUGACUGUAAAGAAGUUCAAAUAAUCCAUAGUGAUAAAUGUAAAAGUUACUAAAGACUCCCUGUAAGACUUUUUUGACAUGUAGUAUGAAAUAUCUCAUAAGGAAAAUAAGUAACUGUUUUGAGUGAACUUGAUGCAAUAUUUACUUAAGUUGGUAAGAAUUUUUAUAUGUAUAUUUUUUUAGAUAAUUAAAAAGGACAGUUAAAAAGCCACUGUAAAUAUUUACAUACAACUGAGGGCAAAAUAGGCAUUGCAUCACUUAGGUCUUUGCGUGAGCACAUUGGUAACGGUUGGUUCCCUUGUUAGAUAUGUAAAAAUUUAUUGCCUGGUUCGAGUGACUUGAUCUGUUAAUGUAAAUAUGGUAUCUAUUCAUAGUUGCUGUUGAAAUUUCAUCAUUAAUUCUUAUUUAAAAAAAUCCUAGACUUGACACGUUAUCUAUUAAUUAUGACGGUGGGGGCAAAACGUUUUUUGUAUUACUGUCUAAAUGGCGCCUAUUUACUAAUGACCCGGAAAGGUUUUGAAAAAUUCUACCACGCGCCGUUUAUAAAAAUAUAUUAAAUUGACUAUCUAGUCCAACAUUCUUAAGUUUUAGCGCUGGAACGCACCGAGUUAAAAAUAAUUUGUAACAAACGGUUUAGGUAUGUCUACAUAUUUUUUAAUUUGAUCUUGAGAAUUUUUUAUUAGUUAGCGGAGAGUUGGGACUAAUAAUAAUAAAAGUUAAUAAUUAAACAUGUUUUGGGCAUGAAAUUUGGACAACUUGUACUAAAUUAACUGGGCAAAAUUGAUAAGCUUCAAUCCCUGUCUCAUUAUUGAUAGUUUAAAAUUGAUUUAGGGCUCUUUAUUGAUAGAUUAAAAAUUAUUUAUUAAUUUAGUACUUUCAUGUGUGUGACUGACAAGAUCUUACACAGAGUUUUUUUACCCUAUUUUGUGCUUUUUUUGCGUGCUUUUUUUUUAUCCUAACCUUGGUGCUUUUUGGCAUGUUAAUGGAUUGUAUGUCCGUGGAUAGCCUUUAAGAACAUAAAAGCAUAAAAAGUUGGGGUUGCAUCUUUACAAAAAAAAACAUUUUCAACUGAUGUGUCAGAAAUAAUUAAGAUUAAGAUAUGUCAACUUUAACAAACUUUAUGAGGAAAUGUUGAUGCGCAUUUGGAUCAGCAUGUAGAAUGUGCUGUUUCAUUUAAUUAUUUCGAUAAUUUUGGUUCUGUUUGCUCUUCUGGUGUGAAUUUUUUGACUUGACUUUUUUCUGCUUUGGGUUAUAUUGUAUUUUGUUACUUUUGUAAUAUCUCCAUCGUUUAUCCCGAGAUUAUUUAAAAUUUUCAUUUUUUUUUAACCCGUAAUUUUGUAACCCGUUUCAUUUUUUAGGCGUACGUCUGUAUUUUCCUUAGUAUUUUAUUUAAAUGAUUCCUGCCUUAAAUAAUUAUUAUCUUUUUCAAUUGCUUCUUGUAUUUAAUACACUUGGCAUUUAAAAGAAAAAAUCAUCUGUGAAGAUGGUGCUCGUAUGCGAAGAUUAUUUUGGUAAAUUUGUAUAUACACUUUUUGGGAAAAUUUUUAACAAUAAAAAGGGAACCGAUAAUGAACUAUUCGCUUUUCCACCGUUUUUACUACUACAGAACUACCAACUGGUGUUCUAUAGAUAGAUAAACAUUUUUUUUUCUGGGAUUUUAUAAUCAAAUUAUUGCAAGUAAUGGUAAUAAAAGAUCAAGUGGUAAUUUACGCAAGAAGGUAAAUAUAAUGUGGUCUCACCCACUACACUAGUACUGCGAGUGGUAUUUAAAAUUUUGUAUAAAGACCUAGAUUUAAAGGUUUUUUUUUAUUAACCUGUGAUGUUUCUACGAUAAAGUAACUAGCCCAAACUAAUUAAAUAAAUAUUUAUAGUGUAAGAUAAUUCUGGAAAGGCUCUUUGCCUUUUAAUAGACUUAUUUUAUCGACUGUAUUUAUAGGAAAAAACUAAACCUCACUAGGGCAAAAAAAUGUAUGAGUAAGAAAUAACAGUUUAAUGCUGGUUUUACCACAUUUGUCGGUAUGUUAUAUGUAUUUUGAUUUUUAAUGAUUUAGGUUUUAAUAAUUAGUUUGUUCCUCUUUGUUCUCUCUACUAUAGAAAUAUUUAGUAUAACAAAAAUGUAUCUCGGUGAGGGCAGUUUUAAUGUAAAAUUCACACAUCUAAAUUUCGAUUCUGCCGAGUAGACCAAAUAUUUUGUUCGUGGACCAAGCCAUAUCAUGCAAAUGUUUCUGUAAAUGGUAGCAUUUGAAAACUUCUUUAAGUAAUAACAUUGUGAGAUUAAUUCUACUGAUUUGCUCCUUAGCUAAUAACUUUAUGGCUAGCUUAAAUUUAGACAUAUCUUUAAAAUUUGGUAUGUUAGGCUUUUAAUGGCUCUUACUAAAUAAUUUAUUAAAAAACAUUUAAACCAACAAUUUAACAUCCUUCUUAUUUAGCAUAUAUCAUAAGUAAUCUUACAUUUUAAUUUUAUUUUGGCCUUAGUUUUUGUAGGAACAAAAUGGAAGUUAAUGAUUUUUGUUUAUUGGAUUUAUACACGUGUAAUUCUAUAAAAUGUACUCCUAGAACAUUAGUUAUUAAAAGGAUUUACCACCUGGGCCAAAGUUACGAGUUAAAAUUAUCUAAAAAAUAUAAUUACGUGGAUAGUGCCUGUGUAGGUUUUAAAUUAGGUAUAAUUUAAAUUAGAAACUUAAGAACCCUUUGUUUUUCCGUAUAAAAAAGAUACCUACUUCGAAGUAAUGAGCCAUCCUAUUUUUAAACAAAAGGUGAAAGAUAAAAUUACAAUCCUGAUAAAAAUUAGGCCAAUGUGAUUUUCUUAUCGAUAAGAGUCAUAAGGGAGAAAUAUAUAAGUGAGAUUCGUAUUGUUAGCACCGACAUCAAAUUACUAAUAUUUGCUCUAUUCUAAUCCUAGUUUCUUAUUAAAAAUAAAAUUUUAAAAUCUUUUAACAUAUAACUAAAGACAUUUUUAAGAUCCAUACAUUAAAUUUAGCACUUAAGUAAGGUUGAAAAUUAAAGUGAAUCUUAUUAAUAGCUAAAAGUAUGUUUAAACAAUUACAAUUAAGGCAAUAAAUACUUAAGAUUUUUUUACUGUUAUUUCUUACGCAUUUUGUAUCACCUUGAAUGUUAAGACAAUUUUGUAUAAAUGCUGAGUGCGAAAACAUGUAUUUGUAAUAUUCAUAUGCUCUUAUUAAUAAAUGCAUUUUUAUAUACCUA